UUUAGGGUUUGCGCAGUUGGAAGUUAUUCAUCUCACUACUAAACCUAGCUGCCUCUCUUUGCAGCUACCUCACUCGUCGCCCAUCUCAAACACACAAACCCUAGUCUUGGGUUUUCAUCCCAGUACAUAAAUCUGAAGAAAGGAAAAAGUUUCAGCCAUGAGUAAGCUUCAGAGUGAUGCCUUGAGGGAAGCCAUUACACAGAUUGCUAAUGAUGCUAAGGAGAAGAAGCGUAACUUCACUGAAACUAUUGAGCUCCAGAUUGGGCUGAAAAACUACGAUCCUCAGAAGGACAAGCGUUUCAGUGGUUCAGUGAAGUUGCCUCACAUUCCUCGUCCCAAGAUGAAGGUUUGCAUGCUUGGUGAUGCUCAGCAUGUGGAAGAGGCUGAGAAGAUAGGUUUGGAGUAUAUGGAUGUGGAAGGGCUGAAGAAGCUUAACAAAAACAAGAAACUGGUGAAGAAGCUUGCCAAGAAAUACCAUGCCUUCUUAGCGUCGGAAGCUGUCAUCAAGCAGAUUCCCCGUCUAUUAGGCCCUGGUCUCAACAAAGCAGGGAAGUUUCCUACCCUUGUUACUCAUCAGGAAUCUCUCGAGUCUAAAGUUAAUGAGACCAAAGCUACAGUAAAGUUCCAACUGAAGAAGGUUCUCUGCAUGGGAGUUGCUGUUGGAAACUGCAGCAUGGAGGAGAAGCAGAUCUUUCAAAAUGUGCAAAUGAGUGUUAACUUUCUAGUUUCAUUGUUGAAGAAGAACUGGCAAAAUGUGAGGUGCUUGUACUUGAAGAGUACCAUGGGGAAGCCAGUCCGCGUCUUCUGAGCCGUUCUUGAGCUGUUAGAGAGGGAUUUGUUGUUAGCAAAUGCUCAGAAAAAGAUUUUUCCUUAAAGCAAUUUCCUCUUUUCUCUUUUGUUUUUGUUUUUGUUUUUACGACACAACUCUAUGGAAUGUGAUAAACAGUAUAAUGUUUGUUUCAGCAUUUUACAUUAUGGAGGGAUUUAACUAUAAAUCAUUCAUUUACUGGCUUUUUACCAGUGAUCCU